UGAUGAUGCGCUGGCGCGGGGUGGGUCGGGCGACCGCGCGCAGAUCCCGAGCGGGCGUGCUGAGCCGCGCCAGUAGCGCGAACAGCCCCGAACGGCACACACGAUGAUCGCGCACAAGCACGCGCUCGCCGCCGCGCUGCUGUGCGCGCUGGCCGGCCAGCUGCGCGCCGGGGCCAGCCUGCACUGCGCCAUGCGACGGGAGAUCUCGCCCUGCACCUGCCGCCGCGAGGACGCCGGCACCGGGGCCAUCCUCGUAGUCUGUCAGCGCAUCACUGCCUAUAUGGAGAUCGCACAGGCUCUCAAAAACAAGUUUAGUCCCGAAACUAAAAUUGGACUGGACAUCUCCUACUCCCAGCUUCCGGAUUUUUCUGACCACAGCAUCAAAGAACUCGGACUUUCUAUCACAAGACUCAAACUAAACUUCGACAAUUUAAGUGAGUUGAAAGAGAGCGUCUUCACAAAGUUGGACUUGGUGGACUACUUCAGUCUGGCUGACAACUCGUUGACUGAGAUGCCCCGACAUGUUCUGCAGCACUUGCCUCACGUCAAGACCCUUGACCUCUGCAGAAAUAAAAUCACAAAACUCACCGAAGAUGAUUUUAGGGACAUCCAAGAGGUGGAACAUUUACUGGUAGCAGACAAUCAAAUAUCAAAGAUCGAAAGAGAUGCCGUUCCCAAAGCUUUGAAGCAUGUUCAUCUCGGAAUCAAUAAACUUAGCUCCCUCAAUGGAGCUCUCAGAGAGUUAGAUGACUUGGAGUGGAUUUUCAUUAACGCUAAUAAUCUCAAAUCAAUAGAUAACGAACUGCCAGUCAAAGCCAAGAGGAUAGUCCUUAUUCACGCCGCUAAUAAUGAACUGCAAACCUUACCAAAGGAUUUAAAACAAAUGCCAUCGUUAGAAUCAUUGUAUUUUUACAAAAAUAAUAUCAAAUUACUGGAUGGGGCAUUGCAGAAAUCUAGAAGAUUGAUGAGGAUUGGGUUAUCAUUCAACAAAAUAGAGAGCCUAGCAGAGGAUGAAUUCACGGAAGCGGAGAAACUGGCUGAGCUCGACAUAGCAUAUAACCAACUCAAAUCAUUAAAUGGUUCUUUAAAGAGUUUGAAGUCAUUGCGAUAUUUAAAUUUAACUCACAAUGCUUUAACUGAAUUCUCUCUUCAAGAAAUCAAAGGCUUGAAACGACUUUCUGUAAUAGAUCUUUCACAUAAUAGGAUAAGUCUUGUUACGGGAAAUAUGGAGAAUUUAGUGGAUGUCGAGACUCGGGUAUUAGAACUGAGAUUGGAUCACAAUCGAAUACUAAGUUUGGGAGGUGCACUAAUGGGCCUGCAUGGUCUCUUGAGGCUUAAUCUAAGCAAUAAUCUACUUCAACAAAUUUCACCAGAUGAUCUCAUAGGCCUGGAAGAUCUAAGAUUGCUUGAUGUGUCCUAUAACCAUAUAACAACACUAGAAGAAACAUCAAAGACGUUUUUGCCAUCACUUGAGGAAUUGAUAGCCCACCAUAAUAAUAUAACUUUGCUUGACAAAGAUUUCCAUGGACUGCCAUCUCUCUGUAUGGCAGAUUUAUCUUUUAACCAAAUUAAGACGAUCAAUUACGACGUAGUAUCCAAAUCCAGAUGUACAAUUAACGGAGUGCCUAGCGUACUAAAGAUUUACCUUCAAGAUAAUCCCGUCCUUUGCGACGAUCACCUGUAUGAGCUGAGCACGGUGCUAGAGACGUUGAAUGCCCGCAUCAAUGGAGCUUCCACUUGCGUAGCGCCGCAGACCGCUGCGCCCGUCCUGAUGAGGGCGCUCAACGACGUCGUGCCUCCUCAAGACAACGCACCUGUCAUCGUAGUGGCGCAGUUGGGUGGCGGACUUCGCGCACUGCCGGAGGGCGUCGACCGAGAUGCUGGCGCUCCUCAAGUACCGGCGCUGAUGUACCGGCGCGUGGGAGCACUGUUCGGCCACAUGCUGCCGGAGCGCGAGGAUGGGCUGCCGGUCGUGGUGGAGCCGCCCGUCACGCUGCCGCCCGCCGACACCAACGUGGUGGUCAAGUGGCCCGAUGAGAGGCGGGUGGACGAGGCGCAUCCGCUAGUGGACCAGCUGCGACUCCGUGACCUGAACACUUCGCCGCAGUGAGAGCAGGGGACCCGGGCGCCGCGCACGCCGAUGACUACGAAUUGACUGCUUCGCCUUAACAAUAUACUGCCAACAAUCUAGGCUAGGGCAGAGUGUCUUCUGAUUCGGUCGGGCGCAUGUAAAUUUUGAAUUAGAUAGAUACCAUCCCAUUCUGUUAGGUCUGCGAUGUAAAUAGGACGAUGCCUCGGGCACGCCGUCACUGACUGUGUACCUAUCCUAAUUAUGAUCCUAUACGAAAUCAUCGAGUAAAUAUUUGACUUUAGUAUGUAGCAAGUAUUAUCCGAACGGUUAAAAUUCUACGUAGCAAAAUAUAAAAGGCUUGUAUAUAAGUGGCUUGAAAAGGAGUGCUAUUGAUGAUGUUAAUUAUGUUUUUUUUGUAGAACAUUGUUUGUGACGCGAUCCUCUCAUAAAGGUCACCCUUAUUCUGUUUGCUAAAAUAUAAUCCUAUAUAAAUAUAAUUAUGUGUGAAAUUGAUACAAAAUAACACUGGUUUAAAGAAGGUUUUGGCAAAUUUUAUUGUCAUAAAAAAUAUUUCUACUAUUAUUCAUUCUGCCAAAGUGUCUACCAAAGAAGUAGGUUAUCUUACAGUUAAGUUACGACCUAUAUUAAUUAUUUGUAAGGUUUGUCACUUGAGCUCUGAUACAUACGGCUCUUCAGCAGCUUAUUGGCUAUGUGCGCGACGGUGGCGACGCGUAGCGUUUACAACAUUUGCGGAAGCUGUCAAAUAAUAACCAUGUAAACAUUAUAAUUUUCUUUGCGAAUAUAAAUAAAACCAAAGAUUAAAAUAGUGUUGUUGACAUUAUUUAAGUGCAAUUUAUUCAAUAGUUUUACUGUAAAAUGAAUAUAAUGAUAAAAACCGGGUUUGAAACAUCCGCAUUUGUUUCCAAUUUCUGCCGUGUUGUGCGCUGCGGUCGUUAUUGUCCGCCGCUACUCGCUUUGCACAUAGCCAAUAGCUCUUGUUAACGGGUUUUCCUGUGUUUGUUCACUAUAAAGAGUCAUGAGAGUGGGUAUGUCAUAUUUAAAUUCAAUAAAAUUCAAUCAUAUUUUUAUGGGAUUCUUGGAAAAGGUUUAUGGGACAAACCUUAGUCUAUAAAUAAAAAAUCAUGAAUAUGCAAGGACAAUUUUAAAAUAAUUUACUUGUAAGAGUUAGACAUAUAAUAAUGUUAAAAACAAAGUAAUAUUUUAUGUGUGAACAUGUGUCCAUAAAGUUAUCUUUAAACAUAAGUAUUUUAUUUAUUAUUUUGAGAAAGAUCAUUGAUUAUGUAGAGGGUACGAUACAAUUAUCUUUCUUGUAAUCAACAAUUCACAGUAGAAACCCGACAAACCAGUGUAAUUAUUGUAGCUGUCAGCAUGUCUGUAGUGUGAUAUUGUGUGUGUCGAUGUUUGGACCAGUCUCCUUCGUAUGUGUGACCAGUCAAAAUCAAAUAAAGCUGACCAGGACCUACCUUCAUUAGUUCUCCAUCACAUCCACAAAAGAGAUUGGUUCGGACUACUUAAGUUAAAUAAAUUAGUUGACAAUAAAAAAAAUAACAAACAUUUUAAAAGCCUGUCAGUCAAAAACGUACCUAGAUUAUUAUUUCUUUCGAUCUUCUCGAACGAAACUGUACCUAAGAUAACUUAUGUAAUUAACUACUAUAAUUUGUUAAGAAGUAGAUAUUUUGUUAGAGUAAUUUAAAAUGUCGAUUAACAAUUACUAAUAAAAGAUAUAAGGUGCUAACCAUUUUCA